GACACGCCCCCGUCCCACAAUGCACCGGGCGCUGGACAUGGCGGCGGUGUGAGCGGUGUGAGGGGCUGCAGAGCGGGAGGAGCCGGAAAUGGCGGUGCUGCUUCCACCCCGGGACUAGCUGCGGCCGCACUUCCUGUUUACCUCACGGCUUCCCUGCGGCCUGCCCAGCCGGGGCCUCGGCCCUGUCUGCUCCUGGCUUAUCGCUGCAGUGACUUCCCAGCCACUUGUCCAAUGGUUUGAUAAUUAUCAGGAAUAAUGGAUGGGGUCUCCAAGCCUCCAAACCAGGAGUCAAGGAAGCCACUGGCACGCAUGGGCCGCGGGGAGAGGCGAAUUGUGCGAGUGGUUUACAACCAAAAACACAAUAACAGAGGAGAUGGUAAACAAGUGAGAGAGAGCGAUGGCAGCUCCCCCGUCAUUGGUAAGAAUGGGAAGCAGGCAGAGCCCUGUCGCGUGAUUGUGGGAGACUUGCACAUCUGCAAAGAGAACACAGCUGAUUGCACUAGUGGCUCAGUGGAGUUGGGUCACACAAGAGCUAAAAGGUCUUCUCCAACGGGAAAUGCCAAAACGCCACCAGCUGCCAGGCCAGAACAAAAUGGUCCGAAAUCAAACCCACAGCCAGUUGUACAGCUCCAGAGAUCUAAUGAAAGCUCUCCAGACGCAGAGACACAAGAAGUAAUUGCAGAAUCAUCUCCAGAACAGCAGAAAUCUCCGGACACCUCGUGUCCACCAUGUAAAAGCACAGGAAGCGGUCCUGGCACUGAGACCUCUACAGAUGACUCCCCACUGGCAGACCAAGAGCUGGGCCUACAGCAAGCAGAGGAGAGGCUGGAGAGGGACUGCAUUCACCGCCUGAAGAAGAGAUCUCCCGACUUCCCCAACUGCCAGUAUCUAUGCAAGCUGUGCUCCAUCCACAUCGAGAACGUGCAGGGCGCUCACAAGCACAUCAAGGAGAAGCGACACAAGAAGAACAUCCUGGAGAAACAGGAAGAGAAUGAAUUGCGAGCUCUUCCGCCUCCUUCAGCAGCCCACAUUGCUGCAUUGGGUGCCACGCUGGUAAAUGCAGCAAAGGAACAUGGUAUAUCUCAGGAUGACUACCAGGCCAGGCAAGGAACAGUUAGCCAGAUGGAGACCAUCAUCCAGAAGUCGUUGCCUGAAUGUUCCCUCAGAAUGUACGGAUCUUCAUUGAGCAGAUUUGCAUUUAAAACAAGCGACGUUAAUAUAGAUGUGAAGUUUCCUCCGAAGAUGAGCCAGCCAGAUGUUCUAAUACAAGUUCUUGAUAUCCUCAAAAACUGUGCUCGGUAUAUAGAUGUUGAGUCUGAUUUCCAUGCCAAGGUUCCUGUGGUGUUCUGCAGAGUCAAGAAGAGUGGAUUGACGUGUAAAGUGAGCGCUGGAAAUGACACGGCGUGCCUUACCACCCAGUUACUUGCAGCAGUUGCUAGGCUUGAGCCUGCUCUAAUUUCCUUGGUGUUGGCGUUCCGCUAUUGGGCCAGGCUAUGUCACAUAGACUGCCAGGAAGAGGGCGGCAUACCAUCUUACUCCUUUGCCUUAAUGGUGGUAUUUUUUCUGCAGAAAAGACAGCCAGCAAUCCUGCCAGCGUAUCUGGGGUCCUGGAUAGAAGGCUUUGAAUCAAAGAGGCUGGAUGAUUACCAUCUGAAGGGUGUGUACGAGGAGCAUCAUGUGGAGUGGGAAUACCGACCGGUCAGCAAUGACAACAAGAGCUCAGGAGUAGAUGGAAGGGGAAGAGCAGCAGGAUGCAAAGCAGAGAGCCGGAAACACAAGCAGAGGCACGGAAAGUGCCGCUUGGUGCUAGAGCCUCCCCACCAGGUGUCCCUUGGUCAACUGUGGCUGGAGUUGCUUAAAUUUUACACAUUGGAGUUUGCAAUGGAGGAAUAUGUGAUCAGUGUGCGAGUACAAAGCCUUCUAAGCAGGGAGAGCAAGAACUGGCCAAAGAGGCGAAUAGCCAUUGAGGAUCCUUUUGCACUGAGGAGGAAUGUCGCAAGGAGUCUCAACAGCCAGAUGGUCUAUGAGUACGUUCUAGAGCGCUUCCGUGCAGCCUACAGAUAUUUUGCAUGUCCACAAAGCAAAGAGAGCAACAAAUCCAAAGUUGAAAAUAGGAGGAGUGAAGAGAUCAGCAGCGAGGAGCCCGGGGAUCAGAGCGUUACUGGCAGCCUGCGGGAAGGAAGCUAUGGGCUAGAGGCAGGGUCACAGACAGCGGGGUGCAAUGGCGCGGAGCGUCCUCCUGGCACCAUACAGAGGCUACUUGGGGAAGGCGAGGAGGCAGUUUGUGAAUUAUCAGAGACUGAGGAGACUGAUGAACUCUGUAGUGCAAAGGACCCCACCCCUGUUCCAGAUGUGCGUGAUACUACUGAAGGGAGGGGAGUGCUGGAAGCAGGGUCUUCUAGGGAUGAAAUAUGCACUUCUCCUACCUCUAGCCAUCAUGAAACCUUGAAGAAUGAAGGAAGCCUCACUGAGGAUGAUUUUCAUUAUAUCUUUGACAAACUUAUAUUGACUUCUGGGAAGCCUCCCACCAUAGUGUGCAGCAUCUGCAAGCGUGACGGCCACGCCAAACAUGACUGUCCUGAAGAUUUCAAGAAGAUCGACCUGAAGCCCCUGCCCCCCAUGAAUGCCAGAUUCCGGGAUAUUCUGGACAGAGUGUGCAGGAAGUGUUACGAGGAGUUUUCUCCUAAUGCUUCUGAGCAGCACAAUCGGGAGCAGAUCCUUAUAUACCUGGAGAGAUUUAUCCGGAAAGAGUUCAAUGGUAAAGCUAGACUGUGCUUAUUUGGCUCGUCCAAGAAUGGUUUUGGUUUUCGUGACAGUGACCUUGACAUCUGUAUGACCUUGGAAGGCCACGAGAAUGCGGAGAAACUAAAUUGCAAAGAAAUAAUUGAAGGCUUGGCGAAGGUUCUUAAGAGGCAUCCAGGCUUAAGGAAUAUUUUGCCAAUAACAACGGCCAAGGUCCCGAUUGUGAAGUUUGAGCACCGAGAGAGUGGCGUAGAAGGUGACAUCAGUUUGUACAAUACACUGGCUCAGCACAACACCCGGAUGCUGGCUACAUAUGCGGCUAUUGACCCAAGAGUCAAAUACCUGGGAUACACAGUCAAGUUCUUUGCCAAGCGCUGUGAUAUAGGUGAUGCAUCAAGAGGGAGUUUAUCCUCCUAUGCGUAUAUCCUGAUGGUCCUGUAUUUCCUACAGCAGAGGGACCCGCCCGUCAUACCGGUGCUACAAGAGAUAUAUGACGGGCAUGUUACUCCGCAGAGGAUGGUGGACGGCUGGAACGCCUUCUUCUUUGAUAACACAGAAGAGCUGAGAAAUCGCUUUCCGUCCCUGGGAAGGAAUACGGAGUCUCUGGGGGAGCUUUGGCUCGGGUUUCUUAGAUUUUACACAGAAGAGUUUGAUUUUAAGGAAUAUGUCAUCAGCAUCAGACAGAAGAAAUUACUGACCACCUUCGAGAAGCAGUGGACGUCUAAGUGCAUCGCCAUUGAAGAUCCAUUUGACCUCAAUCAUAAUCUUGGAGCUGGAGUCUCCAGGAAAAUGACUAAUUUCAUCAUGAAGGCGUUCAUUAAUGGAAGGAAGCUGUUCGGGACCCCGUAUUACCCACAGCCUGGGCAUGAAGCCGAAUAUUUCUUUGAUUCUAAAGUCCUGACAGAUGGGGAGCUGGCUCCUAAUGACAGAUGUUGUCGAGUGUGUGGGAAGAUUGGCCACUACAUGAAGGACUGCCCCAAGCGCAGAAGGAUCAAGAAGAAAGACAACGAGAAGGAUGAUGAGAAAGACGUUAAGGAGGAAGAGCGGGAACUCAGGGAGAAGCGGUGCUUUACUUGUGGUGAACUGGGACAUGUCCGCAGGGAUUGUCCUGACAACAAUACAGCACGACAGAAGAACAACAACAGCAUUCUGGCUUCUCAGAUCUUAAGCCUCAUUGUCCCUCAGCCAGUGCUCACCCCACUACAACAAAUGGAGCGCCCCACACGCACCCGGCAGAUUUCAGAAUCGUCAGAACCUCAUCACUCCUCCUAUUCCCCGCAGCCUCAGGCAUUCGCACAGAACUCCAUAGGCCAGACGCAGCCGCAGCAGCAAGCUCCUCCGGUGCAGAAUCCUCUCCAGGUUCAGCGGCCUAUGUUUAAUUUUGCACACACCCCAGCCCCUCACUUCUCUGCUCUGCACAAUCUUGGGCUCCUGCCUCUUCCUUCUCAGAUCCCUAUGCACAACACGGCAUGGCCCAUCCACGGGCAGAUGCUUCGCUCUUCCUCUGGGAAUCCUCCUCACUCUAGCGGUGUCUCCUUUCCUGCAAGACCUGGCAGCAGCAACACCUCCGCACCCAAUCAGAGCACCGUCAAUCUGAACGAUCCUAGCAUUAUCUUUGCCCAGCCUGCUGCCAGGCCUGUGGGUAUUCCCAAACCUACCCACGAUGGACAUUGGCACAACUCCCAGACUCCUAACCCACUGGUGAGCAAUGGAACAGUGAGUGGCACAGAUCAGGGAUAUCCAGCACAGUUUGGGAAACCAUCACCUCCCUGGGAGCGCAAUACCCAGCCUCAUUACCCUCUGAUUCCAGGAUCAUGGCCUUACCCCUUACCCCAGAACUUCCUGCAGCAGGGACCUCCUGGCUUUCAUUCCAAGACGUACUAUUCUCCAGCUGCCUCAUUGAUCCAGAACGGACAGCAAUUCCCAGUCUUAUCACAAGGGCAUCCUCACCUGAACGCCAAUAACAUCCAGCAGAAGAAAUGAGCGCCACAUGUAGCAGCAGCCGUUCUCCCAGUGGCCAGGAAUGAGUCGUUAGGGCCUGUCUGCGGAAUUAGAACAUAUAAUAUGUAUAAUGUGUAAAUAUAUCGGCUUUAGAUGUACUGGAAUCAUUCCUUUGAGUGAUGCAUUUCUUUUAUUUCAUUGCCCCAUUUUGAGGGCAGCCUUGUGUUCUAUUCCAGUAAAAUGUUUUAAAAAAGGAGAAAAAAAUGAGAGCAUAAAAUAAUAAUAAUAAGUUCUUUAUUUUCUUUUUGCUCUACUCAAUGCCGGCUGCUUCACGCUCUCUAAAUGUAUAUAUUUUAGUUAUAAAAAGAGGAUUUAAAAAGAAAGGAAUGUAAUUUUUUUAAAUGUCUUUUAUUAUUUGAGUCUGAAGCAGGUGCCAAAAAUCUUUUAAAGCUGAAGUCAUGUCUUAUUUUUGGUACCAACAAAAGUCCAUUUUAUCAACUUCUUUGUCACAUGAAGUGUAGAGAACUUCUUUUUAUUAUUAAGGUGAAAAUCCAGCUGAAAAUUGUAACAUAUUUGAUAAAUUGGUUUCUUCAUUUUUAAUAAAAUUGAGUAUAACAUUGAAAUGGGAAA